AUGCGUCUUCCCUACGCCCCCAGCAACCCACCGGCCGAUGCCCCCGCCGACACAGCCGAUAUCUACGCCCGCAUCGCCGCACGCCGCAACCCGCGUCCAUUGAUCCCUCUCGAUUUGUCUCUCCUUCACAGCCCACCCGUCGCAGAUGGCUGGAACAGCUUCCUCGGUGCCAUCCGCACCCGCACCAUUGUCGAUCUUGGAAUCUUGGAAUUGGCAGUGUGCCGUGUUGCGGUCCUGAACGAUGCCGUUUACGAAUGGAACGCCCAUGCGCCAUUGGCCCUGAAGGGUGGCAUUAAGCCCGAGGAGCUCCAUGCUUGCCGAACCCUGCCAUCCACUACACAAGGCGACCUCUCUCAAUUGGAGAGCAGCCCAUUGACCCCGCAGCAACGAGCUGUCUUGCGCUACACCGACCAGAUGACGUUGACCGUCAAGGUGGACCAGGAGGUUUUCACCCAGCUGCAGACCGUGGGAUUCAAUGACCGUGAGAUCGUGGAGCUGACCACUGGUAUUGCCGGAUAUAACUGUGUGAGUCGCUUUUUGGUUGCGCUCGAUGUUGGCGAAAACAACGAUCGGGAGAUGAAGAGCGUCGAUGAGUUGGUCGAGGCGCUCAAAUAA